GACUGUAUAAUACAAAUAAUUAAUUAUUUAGAAGAUGAUAUCAAAUCUAUUUUUUGUUGCAUGUUAAUAAAUAAAGCUUGGUCCUAUACAGCAAUCCCAUUUCUUUGGCGAAACCCAUUUGGAAUCAUAUCAAAUGGAGACUUCUCUAAAGCACCAAAAAUAGUCCAAACAUAUAUUUUAUGUUUAUCUGAAAACGACAAAUUACAUUUAAUUUAUGAAGGAUUUAAUAUUUCAAAAACUGAAUCAGCAUUUUUUGAUUAUCCAAGUUAUAUUAGAGAAAUUAAUUGUAAUCUUGUGAACAAGUCUAUUUCAACUUGGUUCAAGAAAACUUAUUUUGAACAUAAAUCUAUAAAUGAAGAAAAAGAAAAUCUAUUUGUUGGAAAGAUUUAUGAUAUGUUUUUUUCUAGAUGUAACAGAUUAUUUAGUUUUGAAAUAGGGUUAAGAAAAUAUGGAAGUUUUAAUUAUCCGAAUUUCUCAUCAUUUCUUAGACUUCGACAAGCAAUCACCGAUUUACAACAUCUUGGAAUUUAUUUUCAUCCAUUAGAUAAUGAAAAAAUAAAUGAACAAAUUAAUGAACACAUUUCAAAAUUCUUUAUUAAAUUAUUGACAUUUCGAUGUCAUAAUAUUCAUUUCAUAGAUUAUAAAUCAUGUGCGAACAAGGACAUUCUAGUUUACCAUGAUGAGAAUAAUAUAGCUUAUUUUAAAAUAUCGGAAUUGAUCAAAUUACAGCAUGGACUUAGAUUAUUCAGAUAUUUAGGUGAAAUAUCUAUAUUAAACUUUGAAGAAUCUUCUUCUAUAUUUGAUGCUUUAAAAACCCAAAUUAAUUCUUUAACUCAUUUAGAAUUAAGAGGAAUAGGGUUUAAUGGCAA